GUGUAUCUAUAUCGCAAAGAAAAAUAUAUCGUUGUGCAAUACUUUUUUCUUGACACACUUACCAACACAGACGUGAGCCAGCCAACGCUAACAUCGCUAUUACGCUUUUGUGAAGAAAAAUUACAAUUGAGUACAGUUAGUUGACGAAAAAGAAGCAAUAAAAUGCCUAAAGGUCGUGUUAGCAACGUUUGGCAGCAUUAUGACAUUAAUGAGGAGUGCGAGAACUUUGCAGUUUGCCGUUACUGCGGCAACAAUAUAUCGCGUGGUGGCAUGGCCAGCAAUCUAAAGGGCAACAAUACAACUAAUCUAUGGACGCACUUGAGACACAAGCAUGCUGAUGAGGUGUUGGUCUCGCUGUCGCCAGUACAGCAUCGGCCUAUUGCACGUCCAGUUAAUACUGGUGUCAUUAUAAAGAAAGAGAAAACUUCGCGCAUCUCUAAGGCCAAAGUGGCACGAGAGCCUAUUCGUAUGGCCAAGCCGAAAAUUGAAACGCAUUCAUCGAUCACGGGCGCACUCCCACAGAAGUGGGAGGAAUACGAGCAGCAUGAGGAAAUCGGCGAAGACAUUAAAGACAUUAUCUACAGCGAGGAUCCGCUUUGCUACAGCCCCAUACAGGUCAUCGAGGAUGGCAGCAUUGGCACUAAGGAGAAGGUGACCAUUGUAACCAGCAACAGGGCGUCAACUGCACCAGUUGUAGCCACCGUAGUAUCCGCAUCCACAAGCAGCGCUGCUAAAACGCUGAAGAACAAUCUGGAGACAUCAAUUGAGCGAUUGACAACGGUCAGUGAGCAGUUGACUUAUGUCAUACAGCAGCAGCAGGAUAAUCAAGCUAAGGAUGAUGACUACUAUUUCGCAUUGAGUCUUGUGCCAAUAUUCCGCGAAUUGUCACUAACUCGUAAGCUGUAUGUACGGUCGAAAAUACAUGAGCUUUUGUACAAGGAAAGCGAGGAUAGUUUAUCUAAAGAUGAAUAGAUAUGCAAGCGUGUGCGAUAACUUAAUCAUAUAAAAUUAUAAUUAUUGAAAUGUCUACACUUACAUAUUAUAUGACACUUUUAAUCAUAUAGACGUAUGCCGUAUGUAUGAUCACGUACAGAAUGCAAAUAUAAUUUAAUUUAAGCACAUGUAUAUAUAUAUACAUUAAAAAUGCUAAUAAAGUUACUUAAGAUAAUGUGGAUAUCUGAACUUACAUGAAUUAUUUGA